GCAACGGCACUCUGUGCCUGGAAGUCUUUGAUGUGUGAACCAGAAGCAGAAAUGUUAAUAUUGAGGGGAAUCCCGACAUAUAAAGAAGCUCUCGCCUUGCUGACUUACACAAGCAAAAAUGAUGACAGACUUCUGCAAGAUAACCAGAACAAUAAAUCUACCAGCCUGUGGCUAAGGAUACAGUUACUAUAGUAACAUUUAUAAACAGCAAUUUCGCUACAAAUGCAGAACAACUGCCUACUAUUUCAGAGAGGAACAGCUUAAAAAGAAAUCACUCUAUAACUGCUCUUAGAAUGAUAUGGGAGGAAAAUUAGAAGAUAAAUCAAAACUACCUGAUUCUGAGCUUUCCAGAGAUGAGGAAGAUCAUCUGGAGAAGGUCAGGAUUGUACCCAAGAACGUAGAUUCCAAGGACAUUUCAAUUUUUUGUUCAGUAUGUCAGCAAAGAAUAUACCCACAUCAUCUUUUUAAUCACAAAAAAAAGCAUACAGCCCUAAGUUUUCUGGGCUACAGUAGCCCACAGACAAAGACAGACAACAAAACACUUUUAGCUCAGAGACAGAAGCUGGUUUCAAAACUGACCAAGCUUCCUAGAUAUUCUGAGAGGCACAGGCAGAAGAUUGAUUAUUCAUUUGAAUUCCUUACAGACAGACAGACUUACACAUCAUCCUGUGAUCUUGAUAGCAUUAACAAUUCUAGCACUCUUAAGAAAGUAAAAAAUUCGUUAAUAAAAGCAUUAUCAAUUUGCCAAGAUAAAAAUUCCACUUGGCAAGGAGACAUGGAAGACAGAUAUUUUGUGCUGGACAAUUAUGGAAGUAGGUCAGACACAUGUUUUCUAGGGUUAGUUGAUGGCUGUCAUGGUGUGCCAGCUGCAGAAGCAGUUUCAGCAGAGCUUCCACUUUUAUUUCUUGACCAACUUGCUCAAACAGAUUCCUCCUACAAGAAGAGUAAGGAUGAACAGCAAAUCCUAGAUUCCUUUGCCACAGUAAUCACAGCAGACUACAGGGAAAAAGAGAGGAUUUUCUCUGACAAUGACAAGACUAACAAGACAAGUACUUACAAAUGGAUUCACAAAGCAUAUGCUAAGUCCUUCUGGAGAAUGGAUAGACUUCUACAACUAGGAAGGAAUGAAGUUUCCAAAGUUCGCUGGAGUGGCUGUUCAACUGUUACCUGUUUAGUGGAGAGAAUUCACAGUGAAAAGACAGACAGCACUGAGGAGGAAGAAAGAAAAUAUUUUGAAAACCACAGGCACAGUCCAUUAGCCAGGACAUCCAAAGGUGCUGCUGGGUUACUGCACAUUGCUAAUAUUGGUAAUGUACAUGCAGUCUUAUGUAAAAAUGGAAAAGCAUAUUGCCUCUCAGAAGAGCACAGCACUUCUAAUGCAAGCGAGAGAAAACGCAUACUACAGAAUGGUGGCAAAAUCAGCAUUAACGAACCAGAUGGCUUAGUAGAAGGGCGUCUGAAAACCACAAGGGGUCUUGGACAUCAUGGAGAUCCAGUACUGAAAAAAUCUGUUAUACCUGUACCUCAUACUGUUUCUGUCCCUAUCGAUGAUUCCUGUCAAUUUCUUAUUUUAGCUUCCAGUGGUCUUUGGGAAGUUUUGGAUUAUGGUGAGGUACUUGCAUUAACACUAACAACAUUCACUCAGUAUUUGAGAGCAUAUGGAUGUAUCCAACAAAAUGGAAAUUCUCUGCACAAGUGUCAGUAUUUGAUGCCUCUUUCUGAAGACCAUUUAAAUGACUUGAAGGCUAUUAAUGAGCUGCAAGAUGAAGCAGAGAUACUACAUUCUAAUAAAGACAGUUUUCUUGCUGACUCAAAAGGCAACCUCAUAAAAAAUGAGCCAAUAUGUUCCCGGAGGAGCUAUCUGCACAGUGAAGAUGGAGUUUUUAAAGACGCUGAUGACUACAAAAAUCAAGCAGAUACAGAACCAGGUUCUUUCAGUAAUAGUGAAAUACAUUCACAGGGCAGAGAAUCUGGUUCUAGCACACAAAGUGGCUCUGAAGAACUGAAACAGUUUGAUGACCAAAAAGUGCAUCUAUUUAACAGUUUUCAGGGACAUUCACAGACUGCAGGGCAAGACGACACAGACUUAGACCUCUUGCACAGAAAGUGUCUAAGUCCCACUGCUGAACAACUGGUGAAGAAUGGGCUGGUAAUGGAGUCAACAGACACAAAACAGCCUGAAGAUGACACAAAAGCAUACCUUUCUAAUUGCGACUCAGAUGCAAAACUGGCAGAAAAAGCAGACUCCAAGCCAUUUUCUGACAAAACUGCAAGUUACACUAGUCAACAAACAGUAAAGACUGUACUGACAGUUGGUUCUAAGCCAUCACCACAGUCUGAAGAGGACACAGAAGUAUACCUGUCUAGCUGUGAAUCACCCACUGCAGCAAGUGGCAGUGUUCCCUCUGAGACAUUCUACAACAACGCAGCAGGCUACGCAACUGAACAACUGGUCAAGACUGCAUUAGCUGCAGGGUCAAGAGAUAACAUUACUGUUUUGAUUGCACUUCUAAAUGGAUGUGAUAAAAUACCUAAUUAUGUCAACAUUUAAAAAUGUAUCAUAAAAUAAAUGGAGUGCCACUGUACAUACAGCACAAGCUUAUAUUUAGCUGUGCCAUGGAGUUGCUCAUAAUCAUCUUGAAUGAUGAUGCACAUAGCCAAUUCAUUAUAAGAAAUCAAGCAUCUCUGGAACUGUGCAAAUGCAAUAAAAGCUUUUGGAACUUAGAGCAGGAAGAAACACAAAUCACAAAUCCUUUUUUUAACCACUUUAUUCAAACCUGAGCACCUCAAUAUAAAACUAAACACUGGUGAACUGUCAUUUUCCUUGCUAAAUCCGGAUUACUGCAAAUUUAAAAUCUGCACGAAUAAGUUUCUGCUAUCAGGUCAACAUUUAAAUAGACUAAUUCAUCUCUUCUGACACACUUGGUAGAUUUCAUAUAAUGAAAAUAACUAAAAGAAUUAGUGCAAUAUACUGGACAGACCAAAAUAAAAUGUACUUUGGAAAACAAAGUUGCGAAGUUCAUUACUGACAGACAGCAGUACUUAUGUUACAGAUACAGGAGCAUCAUCUAUUACUGUUCUAGCCAUAAAGGAAGAACUCAGAACCCCCUUUAAUUAGAGAGGAAAAAAGUUAGCUUUAAGUAACUGUACAUUCUGUAUACCUUUAAGCAACUCUUAAAUAUUACAGAAAUUAUUAAACAAAUGUAGACUACAAUGCAGAGUACCCUAUUUACAGUACAUUAAUAUCCAAAUUUAAAAUCAAGUUGAAUGUACAUAAUUGUUAAUGCACUAUUUAUUCCUUGAA